AUGCAUGUUAUGAAUUGUGUCUCCUUGGUCAAUGAUAAAGAAAAUGGAGCUAUUUCAGUUGAAGCUGGAUUAAUGAUUGGAGAUACAACAGAACCAGAAGAGCAGCCGCCGCCACCGCCACCACUGCCAUGUAUGUCCACAGAAGCUGGAUUUUCUUCAGCAGGGGUCCCACCCCCACCUCCACCCCCUCCUCCUCCCCCAGCACCAAGCAGUUUUGCAUCGCUGCAGUCAAUAAACAACGGGCGUGGCCAACCGAGCAAGAAGAAGCGAAUACGUAGCUUCUUUUGGAAAACUAUCCCUGAAGAACAAGUUCGUGGUAAAAACAACAUCUGGACUAUUGGUGCAAAGCAGAACUACCAGAUUGACACAAAGACAAUUGAGGAAUUUUUUGGGCAGCAGGAAGAAACUGCAUCACCAGAUUCUAGAAGCAGAACUUCAAGAAAGUCAUUUAAAGACACCAAACAAGAGAUCACUAUUUUGGAUGCCAAAAGAAGUAUGAAUAUUGGGAUAUUUCUGAAGCAGUUUAAAAAAUCUGUUGAAUCCAUCAUGGAAGACCUUCAUGCAGGAAAAAGUGAUCUCUAUAGUUCUGAAAUUCUACGUGAACUUUUCAAGUCAUUGCCAGAAGCUGAAGAGGUAAAGAAAUUAAAGGAUUUCAGUGGAGACAUAUCAAAACUGUGUCAAGCAGAUUAUUUUAUGUACUUGCUAAUCCAGGUGCCAAACUAUUCACUGCGAAUUGAAGCCAUGGUGUUAAAAAAAGAAUUCUCUCCAUCUUGUACUUCUCUACAGAAAGACAUGACAAUUAUAAGAAUGGCUACAAAGGAGCUGAUGUGCUGCGAAGAAUUGCAUUCCAUAUUGCACUUGGUCCUUCAGGCUGGGAAUAUCAUGAAUGCAGGCGGCUAUGCUGGCAAUGCAGUUGGCUUUAAGCUGUCCUCAUUACUCAAGUUGGCAGAUACAAAAGCAAACAAACCUGGGAUGAAUCUGCUUCAUUUUGUAGCUUUGGAAGCCCAAAAGAAGGAUAAAGUUCUUCUAAGCUUUUCAGAAAAAUUGCAGCAUGUUCAGGAGGCAGCCAGAAUAUCUCUUGAAAGUAUAGAAGCAGAACUUCAGUCACUCUCAGUGAAAACAAAAUCUCUUAAGGACAACGUCCGGCGGGACUCAGAGCUCUUCCGCCAGAUGGAAGGCUUCCUCCAGUUUGCUGUAAAAGAACUAAAAGAGCUGGAACACUGGAAACGAGACUUACUGAAGGAAACCCAUGCCCUUAUAGACUUCUUGUGUGAAGAUAAAGAAACUAUGAAACUGGAGGAGUGCUUUCAAAUAUUUAGGGAUUUUUGCCUAAGAUUCAACAAGGCUGUUAAGGAAAAUAAGGAAAGGGAGAUCCAAGAACUUCAGCAGCUGCAGAGAUUAAAGGAGUUGGAAGAAAAACGCCGAUCAUCUAUGGCUGGAGAGCUUGGGGCUUUUGGCCGGAGCAGCAGUGAAAAUGAUGUUGGGACAUUAACCAAGAGAGGACUUGAAGAAUUCCUACCCUUCCUGCAACAGAGGCCCCAGAGCCCUUCUUACAGAAAUUCCAGCAUCAGGCGUUCCCGGCAUUCCUUGGGAGUCACUGCAGACAGAGAGCUGCUGACAUUCCUGGAGACCUCACAGUGUGAGGACCCAAAUAAAUUCAGUAACCUUCCCCAAGCGCCCGCAUGUCAAGCAAGACCCAGCAUGUCCUGGGCUGAAUCUAAAGAAUCUGGAGAUGCCAGUUUCACUAACUUGCGCUUGGACCAGGCAUCUGAAGCUGGUACAGACUGCACUUACUACCAGUUGCCCCCAUCUCAGUCUGAUCACGUUGCAAACCUCAAGGAGCUAGCCACUGCCCAUAGCAAUCUCUAUAACCACCAAGAGAGUGCUAGCAAGGACAAAUACAGGACCGGCAUGCCUUGUAUGGAAGCUACAGAUCCAGCCUCCUGGGAUGUAUCACUUGAAGAAUGUCAGCUUGUCCCAGGAAUGCAUAAGCUAGACCUCCAUGAGGCAAAAAGUAUGGAGGAUCCAUCUGCAGCUCACUUUGCCGUGGAGGUGAGGGGUCUGGAGACUCUGGGUGACUCAGGCUUAUACUCUGCUGGUGAUGCUGUAGCAUUCUGCAGAACAUCUAAAGAGACUGCUUCUAGAGCUGAUAGCGCUGCCAAAGUGGCACGUCCUGGCCGUGAUCCCCCUGAGCCCAACAGUGGUAGUCCUGUCUCUUCAGAUGGCAGCAUUUCUGGAAUUAAGGCACACAGGCCAAUGUUCAGCAUAUCAGACGCUUCUGACUGCUCCUUGACACUUGAUCUGUCAGAAGAAAAUGAUCUGAAGCUACAUGGCAACAAAGCAGCCAGGAAAGAUGGUGCCAUGGCCUCAUUUAUGAAUGAUCUGCAAAGUGAUGGUAAUGCCAAAGUAGGGCUGAGCUCAAUGUGCAGUGAUGGAGAUGAUGCUGAUAGCAAGUCUGGUCUUUCAAAAGAAAAACCUGUAAGAAGCAAAGAUGCAGUAGUGCCAAAGAGAAAUUCUUUGAAAGAUAAAUCUUCAGGUUCCAUAAAAUCCACUAGUGGUCCUUCCAACCACCCCAGACCAGUCAGAACCCUAAACUCAUCGGAGAAUUCGAGCAUGAGAAAAGUAGUACCAAUUUCCAGGUCAACUAAAGCUGCACCCCCCAGCUGUGCAGCAAAAAAGCCAGAGACUAAGCCAGCACCUCGAGACACCAGUGUGGCUGAAGCGCGGUUGUCACGUCGCAACUCUGUCCGGGGCACCGCAGAUGCAACACCAAAACCUCAGUACAGGCAGAGCGUAUCUGUAGAGGAGCCAAAAUUCCAGCGGGGCACUGCGACUUCCAGCAGCGGUCAUUUUGAGAGGGAGCAGCUUCAGCACAAAGGCUCUUUCAAAAAGCCAAGCUCUAAACCAGUCAGAUACGUCCCUAAGUCAAAAACGGAUGAAACUAAAAUGUGCCGCUCUUUCACCAAAUCCCCCACGGAUCCUAGCAAAAGCACAGCUGUCUCCAUUCCCAAGACCCCUGCUCCUGUUCCAGGCUUUGCAAGGAAUACUGUGGCCUCUUCCUCAAAAUGUGCAAAGGUGGAUUUGUCAACCCCUUCCAAAGCUCCAACCCUUACAAGGUCUCUGUCCCAGAGGCUACCUAGGAUGAGGAUGACAACAGCCUCUGAUGAUUUUAAUCCAAAGGAAAAUGGUGGAAGUACACUGAAAAGAGCGAACAGUGCUAGAAUUAUCAAAAGGAACACUGACAACAGUGAGCUUCUAAGUGUUAAAGCAGAGCCGGUGCUAAAAGACCAAGUAGUACUAGAAAGAUCCACAUCCCUUAAAUGUAAAGAUGGAAAUCAAACUGCAAUAGGGAUAUUGCUGAAUCAUUUUUGA